AUGGCUGACUGGUGGCCUGAUCCUCUUAUGGGCCUGGGUACUCCGGGGAUAUUGAAAUAUAUUCCGAGCGAGCAUCCUGGAGAGACGCUGGGGAUACUUGAGACAUCCCGGAUCACUUCAAAGUCUCCUCAUUUCAAGAUUAUUGGCCCGUCGGUCAAGACUUAUGCAGCUUCAAGAACUCAGCUUCCCGAAGCAUCCACGAGGCUCUGGCGAGAGCGCCAAGUCCAAGAGCGAUGGCUGUCCAAGUCUCGUCCAGAGAUCGCCAUGGGCAACACUGCCUUUCAAGAUAUUCUCAGAGGAGACAUGGAAGAGCUGAGCAUUUCAAACGAAGCCCCUAAUACUAGGCCUUUGCUAGCUAUUGGGCAUUCUCCUGAUCCUAGCGACAAAUCUGGAGCCAAAAAAAUCCCGAUAAUGGCCGUCGCCUCUGGAGAAGCAGGCGAGGUCCUACGGCUUGCUCGCAUGGAAGAUGCACAGUGGCAGUGGGGGGACAAUGGAGAUGCGUUUUUAAACGCUGCCAUCAUCGAUUCAACCGACAAAGCGGCAGAAGCAACUUGGGCUGACGAUGGAUUACCCAUUCGACAGGUCAUAUUCGCCGGGAGCCGCUUGCAGGAUGAGACGAAUCGUUGGCUAUUAAUUCAAAAGGAAACAAAGACAACGAUACUCUGGCCAGAAUUUCGUGAAGUUCCAACAGCUUCGACUCAAUCAGUUAGUGAUUUCGCACAAGAACGACCAUCGCUGAUCAUUCCGCAUCCCUUAUUCACGAUUCAUUCUCACCAGACGGGAGGGAGUGCUCAUUCUGACGUUGCUUUGAUUCCAACGGUAUCCGGCCGAUCACAACAAAUUGCCAUCAUUGACGAGACCGGAUAUUGGAGCAUCUGGGAUCUUCCCGCAGCUUGGCAGAGCCAGCGAAAAGGGCCAUCUCAGCUAUCUCUCACCAAAUGUGGACACAUUUCUGAUGGCCUAUUAAAUGAGCUACCAUCUACAUCAUCCCACCCAAACGAAAGACACGGCAUACUUAUUGUGGAAGGCAAGGGUAACCAGAAAAGGGACAGUUCGCCUUCCCCAUCAUAUCACGACAGGGGCAACUCUACUACGCAAUAUAUGCUAAUGUGGAAUCAUGAAAAAGUGGAAGUCUUGAAUCUAGAUGCAAACAUAUUGCUUCCAAGAUUGGGGCGCAUUAUACGAGACAGAGGGAAGUUGGAUUGGAUUUUGGAUGUUCACCGAAGCCCCAUUAAACAAGAUCACGUCUUCAUUCUUACACAGUAUCAUAUUACCUGGGUUGAUUUGCUUAGCCGCGAUGAAUCGGCAUCAGGCCCUUUGAAGCCGUCCAUCUUGCUGUCUUGCCCACACUUGGGAACUAAAAAUGACGAUUCAAGAAUGUUUGUUUGCCGAGCAUCAGAUGAUGAUGAAGAUACAUCGCUUGUCUUUAUCUAUUAUCCGCGAAUGGGCCAGCUUUGUAUAUACUGGUUCACCUUUUCGCCUGUGAGCAGAAUGCCACAAUGGCAUCGUGACAUUAUUUCGCUCCCGGGAAGCGAACACAGAGAGUUUCCUGCAAAGAAUUUGAUGGAAUUCCUAAGAGUUGAUCCAGUUCAACUUGCAGUCUCAGUCAGGGAAGGCGCUUCGAGUCCAGGGAUAGACUAUUACCAAAGAGGAGUCAGGUUCUACCAGUUAUCUUUUCUAGGCAAAGAUCUCAGCCUGCAGCGUUGCUUAUGUGUUACCUCUGACGAUCGGGCGCUUGACAUUCAAGCGCCCACAUCGCCAGUGGCCUGGGCUGACGUUAGGCGGCAGAAGCAAAAGGGGAAGAGAAGAAGAACGGCUAUGGCUCACGUUACUAGCUCUUUUGUACUCCCAGAUGAGACAACUGCCGAGGAGGUUGAAGCUCUGCUAAAUGGAGAAGGGGAUGAAGAUGUGAGCGGUAAAGAUGAUCCUGGGAGCAUCUCCGCAGUCCCACGGCCGAUUUAUGCCAAAAUGGGCAGCAUAUAUCAGGCCCUGCAAAGUUCACUCCAGGUAUCGACAAGUCAAGGAGAAAGCGGCCUCCCCUCCCAUCUUUUUGACGCUCUCAGACAGUGUCUCAAUGAUGGUUUCGAUCAGGGGAGGCUCCCUUUGAAGACUUGGAAUGAAGUAAUCGAUGUUAUGCUACGGCAUCCAACAUAUGAAGCAGCCGAUGAUGCCAUGAGAGAGGAGAUGGAGAGCUUGCUUGAUGAAAAUGACGAAAAUAUUGUCAUCACGCAGCUAAGGAGAUACAACACUGGAGAAGAUUCCAUGUCUCUAGUCAGCCUGCAGUAUUUACAGCGAUAUUUGACUGAAGUAUGGCUUAAUCCGGUGAGAGGCGCCAUGACUGAGGAUAUGCAACGAGUUCGACGAAUCUGGGUCACUGAGUUGGCCAGGGAAGCCUUCUUGUCCAACUACGGUAUCAUGUUUCAGAACAUACCAGUACUUGGUCCUGCCAGUUCAGAGGUGGCGGAAGAGGAAAGUCGUGAAUAUAGGGCAAACUCUCUCACAUUGAGCUCCCAAAUCACAGCCCCAUCUAGAUCUAGUUCUAGGGAUUUUGGAUCUUCGCCUGCUUCGUCGCCAGCUGCGUCAAGUGUUUCUCUCGAUGCUGAUGGAGCUAUUCAACGACUUCGGCUACUAGCCCAAUCUUUAGAUGCCGAUAAAGCGGAUGCUUCCAAGCGAUCCAAAAUACUAUCAUACUGGCCGAAAGAGCGCGGUGUCGAUCCGAACGACUACGUAUCCAGUCUAGCCAGAGCAAACGAAGAGCUCUUCAGGGACGUGAAAGAAAGGCUCAAGAGGAAAGAAGCAAAGCGCAAAGCUCAAACAGAGAAAUUCAAGCGGCCUGCUUUCAUGAGACAGGGGCUGCCGGAAAUCAAUCCCAUGGCGCCAGUACGGCCUCAACCCAUGCAGAUCAUGUCCAGCCAGGCGGCUCCAGCUGCGACUCAGACACAGAUGCCAGUGACGAUGAGUCAGCCUAUGCCUGGAACGUUUGGAGAUAGGAAAAAGAAGAAGAAGAAGAAGAUAAUGGGAUUUAGAUGA